AUGGAACUCUUUAUUCCAUUCUCUGCGGUGCCGGUCGGUGGCAAGUCCCAGCCUUGGUUUAGGCGUUCCUGCAAAGCGGCUUUGCGCCGUAAGCGUGAAUGCUUUAAAGCCUGGGCAGAAGCGGUGACAUCCUGUGAUGUGACUAUCGGCGAACGUAAAAAAGCAUACAAUUCAGCCUCCAGGUCCUUCAAGCGAGAAAUCGCUAAAGCAAAGUCAGAGCACAUUGCCAGAUUUGGUGAGAAAUUGGCCCACCUCCCUUCGGGAACUCGAGCCUUCUGGUCUCUUGCCAAAGCUGUCCAAGGGAAUUUCUGUCAGCCCUCAAUUCCACCACUGCAUAGGGAGGAUGACUCACUUGCCCAUACCGCGAAAGAGAAGGCCGAUCUUCUAGGCUGUUCUCUUUGCGUCGAACUCCACUUUGAAAGGGAAGGAACCACCGACAUUAUUGCGCAACAUUCAUUGCUAUGCGGACGACAGCACUGGGGAUACUUUUUACACUGGCCGGGCAGGUAUCCCUCUCGGGCUGUUGUCGAUGAGUACCGGAACAAACUUGUGUCUGAAGUCGAAACUCUUCUACGUGGAGUCUCGGACUGGGGUAGACUAAAUCUAGUCCAAUUUAACCCCAAGAAGACACAAGUAUGCGCGUUUCUCCCGCUAAAAACCCUUUGGUCGCUACUCCCCUUUGAAGACACUCUCCUUAAAGCCUCAGCUAGCAUCGGAAUACUGGGCGUUGACAUAUCGAAUAACGUUCAGUUUCGCGGUCAUCUGGAAGGAAAGGCUAAAUUAGCCUCCUCCAAAAGCUUGGUGUGCUCAGUAAGGCGAGACGGUACUUCACUCCGGGCCACCGCUUGCAACUAUAUAAAGCGCAAAUUCGGCCCCAUAUGGAGUACUGCUCUCACCUCUGGGCGGAGCUUCCCCCAGCUACCAGCUCCUUCCACUGACCGUAUUCAACGAAGAGCGGUUCGAGAUCGUCGACGACCAGUCACUUUCCGUGCGGCUUGA